UUGAGAGCUAUCAAAUGACUUUGACUUAAUUAUAGAUGUCACUAGAAAUAUUGUGUUUAUAAUUUGCUGAUUUCUCUGAGGGAUUUUAGGAGUAGUAAUAUAACAUAUUGAUCACAUGAUAGAUGCGAAAACGUCCGUCAACACAAUAGAAGAGCCCAUGUUCAAGAUGGCGGCGUCCCGUACAUUUGUGUUUGGUGCGGCCUUCGCUAUGUGUGUUCUUGUGGCAACGUUGACUGGUAUCGUCAGCUACACCUAUGUAAGGAAGACGGUGGAAUUGAAAACACCUUACAGCAAACCUACGAUACAUCUUUUGCAGACACAGCCCAUUCAACAACUGAAUGACCAGGUCGCAGAUAGCCGGUGCAACUGCUCUAAAAGGGCUCUAGUCUUCGCCAACGCUAUUCCGAAAGACGAAAAGGAGGAGGUGCUACAGAGGAAGAAACAAGAACUACACAAGUACAGACUGAGAACGGAGUCCGCAGCGGACACGUUGCUGUUUGCCAAUGGCUCUGUGCCCCUCAGCUACCCAACCCAGGGUGUGACCGUGGUUCCUGAGGGUGUGAUAGAGAUACCAGGUCUGAACGUAGCGGGCAACGCAGAGAAUGACGAAUACCAG